AUGGCUAACCGAGACUUUUUCUACUUUUACGCACCCACCUGGGACUACCCGCCAGGCGGUCCAAUCAAGCUGGGCAAUGUCAUCACGUCUGUCAAGAACCCCCAUCGACCCCUCUUCUGCUCUCCACCACCCGAGGAAUCAGACGUCUUUAAGACUGAGAAGAAGAGCGUCCAGUACACCAAGGAGAAACUGCGGCGAGGCAGGUUUUCCAUCUUGACCAAGUUCCUUAGCGUUCUCGGGUUUGGCAUCGAUAUUGGCGCCGAGAUAGACAGGAGUGACGAGGAAAUAUUUGUCUUUGAUACGCUCGAGACUACGCAGUUCAUCCCAACGCCAUCAUAUCUCAAAGCUUGCGUCGAAGCCGAGAACGUUCGUCAUUUUCUGGAGCGUUCAAAGUACCGCAAGCCCGUCUACAUCAUUACGGGUCUCAAAGUUGUCACAGGCGCCCAAGCCAACACGAUCAAGUCUCGUUCCCUAGGCGGCAGUGUUGGUGUUGAAGUAGACGCUACCGUAUGGACAGCUGUACCCAUUGGUGGCGGCCCAGGAGUGGAAGCUGAGGUCGGCAACAAGGUAAGUACGAAAUGGGAGGGCAGCAGUGACUUUGUCUUUGGGUUUCGCGUGAGCAAGGUCCGCGUUGGCGAGGUCGUGAGUGAAGAGGACUACCGCAAGGGGGCUAUGUUCGAGAGGGAGAAUACGAAGAAGAAAGAACCGGAACUAUCUGUGUUGGGAGUUGAACAACCAGAUGCGCGGGCUGAAGGGUUUGACUUGGAGGAACUGAUGGAUGAUGAGGAAGUGGUCUUCUGCGCCAUCCCGAGGGAGGAAGAGUCUGAAGAUGAGUGGUAG